AUGCAUUUCAUAGUCCAAGUUUGGGUCAACAUGCAUACUCCCGCUAAAAUGUUAGCUGGGUUAGAGGCUUCGCACGAACCACUGACUUAUCAUCAGCAACGAGCUGAAAGCUAG